UCGCGGCGCGGGUCCCUGUUUGCGCUGCGGUAGCAGCAAGAAUGCAGUAUUUAAUGAUGCUAUGAGCUCCUCCGCGACAUUGUUCUGAUGUCCUGAACGUCCAUUCGUUUCAAAUUAACGCAACAGAAGGAAUUAGGAGUCUCGAACCCUUGCAGCGACUGUUGUUUCUUUUUUUAUUUUGUUUUUUGUACCUCCCGUUCAACCUGGUUCCCCGAGUGAGACGACAAUUUUCCCAGAGUCGGAAAAUGCUUGGACUCCAGAUAGAAGCAACCGGGCCACCCGGUUUUACCUCUCCAUGAGCCGACAUGGCCGUCUCUCAUCACCCACUGAGGGGUGCCCCUCCUCAGAAGUGGAACUGUUUCCUGACUUGAUUUGAAAGAAGAGCAUUACAGAAAAAUGGCCUAAGCUCGUGUAGGCCGUCAUAUAGUAAGGUACAUCUGACGGGUUCUUAGUUGAUAUCCCACAGAACCCAGAAGAAAAGAAGCUAAUUGUUUUUUUUGGAGAACCACAACACUUGAUGAAAUAAUAUCCACCUCCUCUGCCUGACAAGGUCCAAUCAUGGCUGCUACAGAACCCCUAAGGGUUGAUUUCUUGAAGAGACGAGACUGAGUUCAGAAUGCAGCGCAACAGCGGCGGACUCGGCGGCGGCGGACAGCCGUGGGUGCUGAGGCGGGUGCGUCUCACCUGGCUCAGUUUCAUGCUUUUCUUUAUUCUGGUGUUCUUCCCGCUCAUUGCCCACUACUACCUCACCACCAUCGAUGAAGCCGGGAGUCCCGAUAAGCGGAUCUUCGGGCCCCGGGCCGGCGGCGAACUGUGCGAGGCCAAACACGUGCAAGAUCUGUGCCGCAUACGCGAGUCGGUCAGCGAGGAGCUGCUGCAGCUGGAGGCCAAGAGGCAGGAGCUCAACGGGGAGAUCGCCAGGCUCAACCUGCGCAUCGAGGCCUGCAAGAGGAGCAUCGACAGCGCCAAGCAGGACCUGCUGCAACUGAAGAAUGUUAUCAGUCAGACGGAGCAUUCCUACAAAGAACUCAUGGCCCAAAACCAGCCCAAACUGUCCUUGCCUGUCCGAUUACUUCCCGACAAGGAAGACCCGGGGUUACCGCCGCCCAAAUCGUCGCGGUCCUGCCGCCUGCACACCUGCUUCGACUACGCCCGCUGCCCCCUCACGUCUGGAUUUCCAGUUUACGUUUAUGACACGGGCUCCUAUCCGUGGGGGGAAUAUAUCGACCCCCUCGUUAAGCAGGCCUUUGCCACGUCGGCUAAAAAAAAUAUUUAUGUAACGAAUGACCCUGGCGUCGCUUGUCUCUAUUUGGUAUUGGUCGGAGAGCUGCUGGAGUCGCCGAGUUCCUUCCCGCCAAAUCCGUCUGAUUUGGAGAAGCAACUGAAAGCUCUUCCCUACUGGCGAUCGGAUGGACACAAUCACGUACUCGUCCAUCUUUCCCGAAACUCCCUGACACAGAAUUUCCUGUAUAACGUCAGCACGGGCCGAGCGGCGCUCGUUCAAUCCACCUACCUGGAGCAGCAGUAUCGCGACGGCUUUGACUUGGUCGCCUCGCCGCUGGUUCACGCGCUCUCCGAACCCAACUUCUUGCACGUGCCUCAUCAGGUACCCGUGAAAAGGAAAUACCUCUUCACCUUUCAGGGGGAGAGGGUGGAGUCGCUGAGGAGCAGCUUGCGGGAGAUUCCUCCUCAGUCCUUUGAGGAGGAGAUGGACGGAGAUCCGCCUGCCGACUACGACGACCGCAUCAUUGGCACUUUGAAAGCCGUGCAGGAUAGUCAGUUGGAUCAGGUGCUCAUAGAGUUCACUUGUAAAAACCCCAAGCCAAGUUUACCAAGCGAGUGGUCUCUAUGCGGAGAGCGAGAAGACAGGCUGGAGGUACUCAAGGCGUCGACUUUCGCCUUGGUGAUCGCCCCGGGAAACGCUCAGCUGGUUGCCUCGGCGGGCUGCGGAAUGAGACUUUUUGAAGCCCUCGAGGUCGGCGCCAUCCCCGUAGUGCUCGGCGACCACUCCAAGCUGCCCUACCACCAGUUUAUCCGAUGGAGCGAAGCGGCCAUCAUGGUCCCAAAGCCGCGCGUGACGGAAUUACAUUUCCUGCUGCGCAGCCUCUCGGACAACGACAUGUUAGCUAUGAGGCGACAGGGUCGCUUCUUGUGGGAGACUUACUUUUCCACCUCGGAGAGCAUACUUAAUACUAUCCUUGCCAACAUUCGCACCAGGAUUCAGAUUCCCGCCGCACCUAUUAAUGAAGAACCCGCGCAAGAAAUCCCCCAUAAAGCGGGAAAACUAGCUGGUACCGAUGCUAACUUGGCAGACAACGGCGACCUCGAUCUGGGUCCUGUCGAGACGGAGCCACCGUACGCCUCGCCGCGCUAUCUCCGCAACUUCACAUACACGGCCGUGGACGUUUACCAGACGUGGAACCGUGCGCCCGGCCCUUUUCACUUAUUUCCCCAUACUCCGCUGGACCCCGUUCUGCCCUCCGAAGCCAAAUUCCUGGGUUCGGGGACAGGUUUCAGGCCCAUCGGCGGAGGCGUGGGAGGGUCCGGGAAGGAGUUCCAGGCAUCUUUAGGCGGCAAUGUUCCCAGGGAACAAUUCACCGUGGUCAUGCUGACGUAUGAGAGGGAGGAAGUGCUGAUGAACUCCUUGGAGAGGCUGAAUGGACUGCCUUACCUCAACAAGGUCGUGGUCGUGUGGAAUUCACCCAAGCCUCCUUCUGAUGACCUUCUGUGGCCUGACAUUGGGCUUCCCAUUGUGGUCGUCCACACCGAGAAGAACAGCCUGAACAACCGUUUCCUUCCCUGGGAUGUUGUGGAGACCGAGGCCAUCCUUUCCAUCGACGACGACGCCCACUUGCGUCACGAUGAGAUCAUGUUUGGUUUCAGAGUUUGGCGAGAGGCCAGAGAUCGCAUCGUGGGUUUCCCAGGGCGAUAUCACGCCUGGGAUCUCAACCAUCAGUCCUGGCUUUACAACUCUAAUUACUCCUGUGAGCUCUCCAUGGUCCUGACAGGAGCGGCGUUCUUCCACAAGUAUUACGCCUACUUGUACUCCUACGUGAUGCCCCGGGCCAUCCGGGACAUGGUGGAUGAGUUCAUUAACUGUGAGGACAUCGCAAUGAACUUCCUGGUCUCGCACAUCACCCGCAAACCGCCAAUCAAGGUGACAUCUCGCUGGACCUUCCGCUGCCCCGGUUGCCCCCAGGCCCUGUCGCACGACGACUCGCAUUUCCACGAGCGCCACAAGUGCAUCAACUUUUUCGUCAAGGUGUACGGCUACAUGCCGCUGCUGUACACGCAGUUCCGCGUGGACUCUGUGCUUUUUAAAACACGCCUGCCGCACGACAAGACCAAAUGCUUCAAGUUCAUCUAGCGGAAAGGGCCGAGGACGGGAAAUAACGAAUGGAUGCUGAAAACUGCCAGCCUGAAGAAAAAAAAAAUCCUUCGAGUGGAUUGCUUUUCGUCCUUUUUCCGUGUCCUUCUCAUCAAGCUUUGUCGUGAACCACUACAGAUGUUUUUUAUUGCUGAAAGCGGUUGUACAGAGUGUACAGAAAGGAUGAACUCGACGUAAAAACUACUUUAUUGACUGCUGGGUUUCAUUUCACAGUAAUGAAUUGUACGUCCGGUACAUGUACGUGGCAGAAGCACUGAUUGUCAAAUGUAUUUUAUUAAGUUUUUUUUGUUUGUGUGUGUGUGUGUGUGUGUGUGUGUUUUUGGACAUUUGUUUCCAUCCCAUUGAACCUGACUUAAGACAAAAGUUUGGACUCAAUCACGUUGAGUUCAGCUAGUCACCAUAUUGCCUCAAUUUUAUCAUGGAAACCAGCCGACAACUGUUUUUGUUGUGUGUUUGUGUGUCCCCAAGCAUUGUGUGUUGUUGCUUUUUUGUGACCUUAAUUUUAGUCGACAUGUUUUUUUGUUUUGUUUUAAUUAUCGAUAGUUUAUCCUGCCCCCCGACCCCUCGAUGACUAGAAAUUAUUCGUAUUACGGUCAAGUCACGUAGGCGCAUCUCUUAAAUAUGUGUAUGACCCGCUUGUAUAGAAUUGUCCCAAACAACACAAAUGUGUAAGUGUCACUUUACAGUGUUGCCAUAUUGGUUUCACUUUUAAUUUUUUUUUUUUUUUUUACAAAGUAAUUGUUCCAUGAAUGUUUUCUUUGCCAAACAGGUACGAACGAUGCAGUCCGGUACGCCCGCCCGCCCGCCGGCGAUGUAAUCGAUUGAACUUCAUGUUUGUGAUUCCAAAGUCUUGAAAAAGAAAGUAACUACAUCCCGUUGUUGUUGUGUCGGGAUGCUUUUUAAGAAACACGUAGUCGAGUUCAAGGUUCCUGUAUAUUUAUUGAAUACAUAAUUGACUUUUUUUUUUUUUUUAAUUGACUGACAUGCAAUAUAAUGACAGGACAUUUGAUGGAUAAAAUGGAGGGCCAAGGAAAACUAGCUUGUACCAUUUUCCUCUCGAGGAGGGGGGGGGGGGUUCUUGUGUCCAAAUAUUUUCAAAUUGGCAGGAGUCCAAAUUCAGAAGGCAGUUUUCAAACCGGUAUUCCUACGUUUUUUAAAUUGAAGACCUAAUUUCACAACCCCAUUUGAGGCACUAAACGGUUCGGCUGGUAGUUUUUAACCUGCCCUCGGAGUUGGGUUUGUGGCACCGCUGGUUUUCCAUGGCUCCGAGCAAGGAACAUUUCUACGGAAUGCAUUCUGCAACGUGCAUCGAGGAAGUGCACGGAAUGCGGCUCAUUAUUCUGAACCAGCAGGAGACAGGUAAAUGGAAAUUAAAAAAAAGAACAUUAACAUCA